AUGACUGGCAAAUCGAUGUCUCAGAAAUCGUUCGUCUGCGAACUCUGUGGUAAAAGCUACGUUUGGAAGAUCUCUCUGACUCGACAUAUACGAGAAGAAUGUGCCAAGCCGUUCCCUUGCCACAAUUGCAAAAGGAGCUACAAGAACAAGGGAAGUCUGAAACGCCAUUUGGAAGUCGAGUGCAACAAGCCUCCGAAACACUAUUGCAUACCCUGCGCAAAGGGUUUUAAGCAGAAAUGCAACUACCAACGUCACGCUGAAACCGUCCAUGGCAAGAUUUCCUCUCGCGGGAAUCGCGUCGCCGGCGUCGCAUUACCAAAGAGCAGCUGGAAACACAACCCUCAUAUGUAUUCGGAACUUGGGCCGCCGUGUUACUUCGAGGACAAGGCACCACCCGUGGCAAUCGCAAAUAUGUUCGAAAGCUCGGGACCGAAUAAAAAGCGAAAGCUCAGUUCACAGAGAAAUUACCCGUUUAUUGACAAUUUGUCUACAGAUUCGACACCGCAGGCAAAUACGUUCGAAAGCUCGGGACCGAAUCUCCAUGGCGUUAUUUGUGAACAGCAGCUCAUUGUCAUGGAACGCUUCGCGACACGAUGA